GCAUUUGAGGAACUAUUGGAGAGCAUGAGAUUAUGGUGGUGGAAUUUGGUGAGAGUCUUCCAAUUGGCGUUGGAUUUUGAAUGUUGCUUCUCAGGGAACGCCAAAUGGAGGACUGAAAGGCUUCUACACAUAGACUAUCUUCUUACAGCUUCACCCCUUGAAAAUCAGAAGGAAAAUGUUGUUCAUUUUGCUGAGAGGGUAAGCAUAUGCUAGUAAAUAUAUUUCACAUUAUCAAUUGUCAAGUUAAAUGUAAAUAUUAUGAGAUGUCUCCUACUUAUUUUGUUGGUUGUUUUAUAUACAUGAUAUUCUACAUGGUUGAUGUUGAACAACAUAUAAAUUACAACAAUGUGAAUGUGUUUUACGGAUAACUUCUUUUAGAUCA